GAGUAGCAGUUUUUAAUGAUGGUGUGAAAACUAAUGUAUUAGCAGGAAAGAUGGCAGGAAGAUUUACUUCUCCUAAUCCAUUUAAUAAUAGUAUAGGAAAUGCAGUUACUACUCCAGCAUUAUUUAUAGGUCAUGACUGGUUAAAAAAAGUAUCAAUGACAGGUUUGUGUCAAGUCAUGCAAGGUCUAAGAUCAAAAUAG